AUGUUACUAAAAGCAAAGGCAUCUGAUGGAUCUUCUCAUACUUUGCGCGCACUCGUCGACACCGGGUCAGAAGCCAGUUUUGUCACCGCACGCUGCGCUGACAAAUUAUCACUACAACGUCGACGAUGUACGUCACAAGUACGUCCUUUCGCUGGGUCAACAAUUAAUAUUGUUUCCGGAAUUGUUACGAUCACUCUAUCUGCCGUUUCCACAAGUGAACCAACUGUGACCGUCAACACCAUGGUCGUUCCGAAAAUCGUAGAUCAACUUCCACAUCUCCGUUUGUCGUCAGACACAUGGCAACACUUAACGGACCUACGACUCGCUGAUCCAACGUACAACACACCUGGUCCAAUCGAUGUCUUACUCGGUGCAGACAUCGUACCAUCCAUCAUGACGGGCCACCGAGUGACCGGUCAAAUCACUCAACCCAGUGCGUUUAAUACCAUAUUUGGUUGGAUAGUCAUGGGACCAGCUGAUCAAAUACCAGCACCCACCGUUACGACCUUUACUGUUCAAUCUAAUACUGAGUUGGAAUCCGCACUAACCCGCUUUUGGAAACUCGAGGAACCAUCGCUACCAUUGUCAACAAUUGAUGACACUGACCCAGCAGAACAGAUUUUUACGAAGUCCAUCACCCGAACUCCAUCUGGACAGUUCUGCAUUGGGUUACCAUUUAAAACACCUAACCCAAUUAUUGGUGACUCAAAAAGUCAAGCGCUUCAUCGUCUCCGACACCUCGAAGUGAGAUUAGCCAAAGACAACAAUUUACGAACAAAAUACGUCGACUUUAUGCAAGACUAUUUGGACAGCAAUCACAUGGAGCUCGUUCCCAUUCAGCAACGCUCCACGCCACACCACUAUUACAUUCCACAUCAUUACAUACUACGUCCUGAUAGUCAAACAACUAAGCUACGUGUAGUAUUCGACGCAUCAGCAAAAAGUUCUGCUGGCAUCUCUCUGAAUGAUUGCUUGCACACAGGUCAAAAACUUCAAGCAGACCUGUCUCAUAUUCUGAUGCGAUCACGUUUACACAAAAUCUUGUUUACGGCAGAUAUUAAACAAAUUAUCGAAGAGUAUCGUCUGCGUACUGUGACAUACGGAACGUCAUCGGCUCCAUUUCAAGCAAUCCGAACAUUACAACAUCUGGCUACACUUUGCAAACUCACACAUCCCAUUGCAGCACAAGUUAUACACUCCGACACCUUUGUCGAUGAUAUUCUUACUGGUGCAGAAUCGAUAAAAUCAGCUCUAAACAUCCAAGAUCAAUUAACAAAAUUACUCUCGAGUGGUCAUUUCAUACUCCGAAAAUGGGCCAGCAACGCUCCUCAGGUAGUCAAUGCUGUUCCAGAAGAAGCACGCUCCACAUUAUCUUCAGUUAGCUUUGAUGAUGAGUCUGAAACAGGACUGAAAGUGCUCGGCUUACAUUGGGAUCCCAGACAUGACCACUUCCGUUACACAAUCUGA